AUGUAUAUGGAGAUCGAGCAGUUGAUAGAAGUCCCCACACAGCUAGAUGAAAGUAACCUUAAGGAACAACUUAACAUCCUCGUGUCUUCGGGGAAGUGCAAAGAAAUGAUAGGCAGGGAACUUACCCAUGAGCAGGUCAAUAAGUUGUCGGAAGAGGAAGUCAAGAAGUUCCAUAAGAGGUAUGAGGCUGCCCUUGCAAGUAAGACCACGGACGCCGUAGCAGAUUCCGCUAUCCGACUUGCAACUAAAUUGCUUGGACUUGCACUGCCCAUAGACGACGUGGAGCAACUGCGGAAGGACGUAAGCGAUGACUACGUUAUUGCUCAAGAACUUAAGAUAACCUGCGGGUGGUUGUCUUUGAAGUGCGGCAAGUUAAUGGCAGUCGCCUCUGCGGCACUUCACGUAGCUCAGCAUGUCAACUUGAAGGAACUUACGACGUCUUGGAAGGACUUCAAGAAGGACAGAGAAGUCGAAAAGGUCUUCCAGGCAGCACUUGCUGAGGUACCUAGUCAAGUACCUGCAAGUGACUUAUCAAGUACUUAGUCAAGUCAUUCACGGGAAUUACCCAGGUCGCCUCAAGUACCUAGUUAAGUCAUCCUUAAGUACUUAGUCAAGUCGUCUUAAGUUGCUUAUCAAGUCCUUCAAGUCCUUAGAUAUAAAUGAGUGAAGCA